AUGUCGAGUAAAAACUCCAAAAGAGUAUAUUUCCCUGAGUUUCAUGGCGUCAUCACUGAUUUUGGCAUAUCAAAGUUUACCCUCAACACUCUAGGCUUUCUCAGUGUUUUUGAAGUGGAAUACUAUCAUAAUCUUUUCCAUGACCGUAUCCGCCGUCUCUUAGUAUUGCACAGACUUGGUAUCACGCAUGUCACACCUUACCUGAUCAAUUUUCGCCCACCACGUGCUUUGAAGGAUAUAUCAGACAGUGAACAGGACAUGGUUAAGCAACAGGUCUAUAAACGAUGUUGGGUAUGGCCUAACCGCUUAAUUGUGACCUGGGAAUAUGUGCGACUAACUGGUCCCGAAAGGAUGGAUGACGUCAGUUCUACCGUAGCUCCCCCAACCAGAUCCCGCAUCUUCUACCACUUCGAUCAUCAACCAUCCGCCGUCAACAGUCCCCAGCAUCAUGAAUGGCCUACACUGCCCCCCUGA